ACAUUCACAUAAUCUCCUGCAGGAGGUGUAUGAACGGCAAAAAGAGUUAAUUUUACUUGGGGAGAGGGUUGUUCUCGCAACUCUUGGUUUUGAUCUUAACGUGCACCAUCCCUACAAACCCCUCGUUGAGGCAAUUAAAAAAUUCAAAGUUGCUCAAAAUGCCUUGGCUCAAGUAGCUUGGAAUUUCGUCAAUGAUGGAUUGCGGACAUCUCUUUGCUUGCAAUUUAAGCCUCACCAUAUUGCGGCUGGUGCCAUUUUCCUUGCUGCCAAAUUUCUCAAAGUUAAACUCCCAUCAGAUGGGGAAAAGGUGUGGUGGCAAGAGUUUGAUGUCACCCCACGGCAAUUGGAGGAAGUCAGCAACCAAAUGUUAGAGCUUUAUGAACAGAAUCGAUUGCCUUCUGGUGAAGCUGAUGGAAGCAUUGGAGGUGGUCCUUCCAAUCAAACCUCAAUAAAAGCUCCCUCGAACAGCGAAGAACGUGCUGUAGCGGACAAUCAUGCACUUGGUGCGGGUCUUGCUACUUCAAGACUUGGAACCUCAAAAGCUAGUUCAUCUAGGCCAGCUUCUGAACACUCAUUUGCAGGUGACCAGCCAUCGAGAGCAAUGCGGAAUCAUAGUAUCGAAAGUUCGAAUGUAGAUUUUAGAAACCCUUCCAAUCACAAUACAGGUAGUGAAUCUAAGGUUAGACAGGAGAUGGAGACAUCGGCUUUCCAUGACAAGGGAAAUGCUCAAAACUCGCUAAGGCAUCAGUCUGAGGGAUUGGUUGGGCAAGACCAUGGAAAUGAUAUGAAAUCAAAGGAAACAACAAGGGAUUCAAUGGAACUGAAAGACAAACAUGUAAUUCGAAAUACAGAUCUUAGAGAAGGUACACUCGGUAAAUCUCAGGACGCUAUCAAAAAGAUCGACAAGGACAAAGUAAAGGCUGCACUCGAAAAACGAAGGAAGUCUCUCGGCAGCAUGACCCAGAAAAAAGAAUUAAUGGAUGAAGAUGAUCUGAUUGAAAGGGAGUUGGAAGCUGGUGUUGAGAUGGCUGCUGGGAGUGAGAAAAACAAGCGAGAACAGAGGCAAAGUUGGAGUAAGUCAUCGAAUAAACAAGAAUAUGAUGAUUCAUAUCAAGACAGUCAUUGAGAGGACGAUGAAGAUGAGUAUCCUCAAGGAAGGUGACAGUCUCAUAUGAUAUAGAUUCUAGCAAAAUGGAAGAAGGGGAGUUCACAAAUGCUCACCAUGCUGGCUAUGAACAUCAAGAUUCCCCAAAGUUGAACAGUUGUAAGAAGAGACAGGGAGCUCACAGGAUAAAACUCUUGAAGAGAAAACCAAGUCCGAGUCGUGUCAGGUAGUUGCAGCUGGUCGAACAGAGACGGACCAUGAGAAUCGUAGAAUCAUGUUCGACAAGUUUCACCAGAGGUAGUAGUCAUUGCUGGAAUCACUCGUUGUCCGAGAUCAGUUUAAGGGCUAUGCUCUCCGGUCGCGGGACUUGAUGAACAUAUAUACUCUAUUGAGGGGCUCUCUUUGAUGUCAGCACAAGAAUGUGAUGAUUAAUUGUUACUUUUAAACAAAUUAGCAUCGUUAGAUUUGGCUGAUUAUAAUUCUGUUCGAUAGAAGUUUUUAUUUUUUCAGAACGUAUCAAUUCUUCUUCUGACGAUCGAUUCGAUUUGAGAUGGUUAUAUUUUAUCUCUUCAACAAAUUUUGUAACAUGGUUGGGAUCUUUUUUCUCAUGUAUUUUGGAAAGUUAGAACCUAUGAACGAUCCUACCUACUCCAAUUUCAAUGCAUGAAUUUGAAAAUCAGAUCAAACCAAUAACAAAAGGGAGCGCGGCAAUUAUGGAAUCGAAUCUUUCUCGUUUUGUUUCUUUGUUGAGAAUUUGCGUGUUUGAGAGAGAUCGAGUAUGUCGCAGAGCAAUGGGCCUGAUUUCAACCUACCUGAUGAGAUUUUGGCGGUGAUUCCAACGGAUCCAUACGAUCAGCUCGAUCUUGCGCGAAAAAUCACCUCCAUGGCGAUUGCCUCUCGUGUGUCGAAUCUUGAAGCAGACAUGGUAAGGAUGAAGCAAAAGCUUAACGAGAAGGAAAUAACCAUCUACGACCUGCAGAAGAAGUUGUCUCACCUGGAGCACGCGAACCAGGAAGCUGAAUCUAGGUUGAAGAUCGCGCUUGAUGAUAAUACGAGGCUUUCCAUGGAAAGGGAUGCACUAUCAAUGACUUCAAAGAAACUUGGACGUGAUUUGGCAAAGCUGGAGACGUUUAAGCGACAACUUAUGCUAUCAUUGAAUGAUGAAUCCUCUCAAACAGAAACUGUUGAUAUUGGGACCUGUGAUCAAGCAGUUCCUAAAGCAUAUACUGACAAGGAUGAGGUAACUGAUGGACACGCCACGCGUUCUUUCGGUGGUUCUACGGAGACGAGAAACACAAUAGAUGAAGGAAAACAUCUUGGACAAAGAUUUUCAUCGCUGCAUAUCACCCCAAGGUUCACUCCAUCUGCGACUCCAAAAACUAUUUCAAAGAGUGUAUCCCCCAGAGGGUAUUCCUCCGUUGCUUCGCCACAGAUAACAUCUGGUUCAACUUCUCCAACAAAACUCUCAUAUGAUGGACGAAUCGCACUAUCUCCGUGGUACCCGUCAAGCCAGCAGUCUUCAGCAGCAAGUUCUCCUCCUCGUUCUCGUCCAUUGGCCGGUCGCGCUGCUCGAGUUGAUGGCAAGGAAUUUUUCCGCCUUGCCAGGAGUCGUCUGUCAUACGAGCAGUUUAGUGCCUUCCUUUCAAACAUAAAAGAACUCAAUUCUCAAAAGCAGACUAGAGAGGAAACUUUAAGAAAAGCAGAAGAGAUAUUUGGGACAGAUAACAAAGAUCUUUUUCUGUCAUUUCAAGGAUUGCUUAACCGCAAUAUUCACUAGGCCUCUCUCUAGUAGAUAUUGUUUACAAUCACACAUGAUCUCUCCUAGUAGAUUAUUAGAGAGAAAAAUCACAAUGUUUGUUCUCAACGGCUGCUUGCUCGCUCUGAAGACGUAUGUAUGCUAGUAGAUAUUGUUUACAAUCACACAUGAUCUCUCCUAAUAGAUUAUUAGAGAGAAAAUUCACAAUGUUUGUUCUCAACGGCUGCUUGCUCGCUCCAAAGACGUAUGUAUGCUGCAAGCAGGCUCACACUCACGAUGUUUUUGUAAAAUAUCAAACCUCUUGUAGUUGAAACUUCUUUUUCUAUGGAAAUAUUGACUUUGGUUUUUAGAAAAGUGAAAGAAACAAAGAAAAAAAAAAGAAAGGAAAUGGAAAAACCUGUCGAGUUAUGUACCUC